AUGUUAUAUUUAGCGCGCAUUUAAUAAUUUGUGCACAGCCAUGACAAAAUUAAAAAACAAUAUAAAUACACAACGAGACUGGUUGGAUUGGUGUCGCCUAUGUGCCAGUGAAAAUGCAAACAUCAAUGUGUGCCAAAAAGAUGUUUAUAUGAGAAUAAUAAGCAAAUGUUUUGACAUCGAAAUAGGUCUCGAAGAGCCCGAGCUCGGUGCCAUGUUGUGUAGAAAUUGCUACGUUUUAAUCGACGAGCUUGUUAACUUUGCAGAAAACGUAAACAAAGUGCAGCCCAUCUUCGAGCUGUUACGCCACACGGAGCCAAACGAACAAGUCGAUGUCUAUGCCCUGAGGCAAGAAUAUGGUCUACAAGAUGGAGACCGAGAGACUGCUUAUAAAGUGGAACCAGCAGACGCUGAGAGUAGUCGAGAGAACAGCUUGCACCGCGAGAGGCAGCUAUAUUUCGAUGAAGUUGAUAGCAAUAAGCAACUGGAUCAAACCUUAACCCAAAUGCCUACUUCAGUUAAAAGAAAACGUGGACGUCCCAGGGGCUCUAAAAAUCGAACAGUGUCAUCAUACGAGUCGCUCCAAAUUCAAACGGAAAAUAUAAAAUUAGAAGCGACCGAUGAUUUGCACGAGGAUCUGUCAAGCACCUAUGAAGGCGCAGGCCAUAUCUGGCUUGAUGAUUGUAACUUGGAAGAGGAGGGAAAAACAUUAAAUGGUGCAAUAAACAGAAAGCGUGGACGUCCCAAGUUAUCUCUUAAGUUGGAGCCACUCGAUAAGUGGGAAGAACCAGAUGCCUUCAAUCUAGCAGCUGUAAAUUCAACAGCAGAGGCCCAGAAGCUCAGACUAAAGCAACUUAAUGCCAGUAAAGAUGAGCUAUACAAUUCAGAUCAAAGUAUCAUCAAAAGAAAACGUGGACGUCCCCGAAAGAAAGAUAACGUAAAUGGCUUGAUUAAAGUGCACGACGAAAGCGUUUCGAAAUGUAAAAAUGUAGCGCUAGCUAGACUCUUGCUUACAUCUCCAAGGCCCGAUGCUGAAGUCGAUGGUGCACCACCUGAAUGUAUUCCUAAUAUAAAGCAAUUUAUGAAGUGUGCAGCUACGUGCAAUAUUUGCCACAAGGAACUGUCCUCGGAGAAUGGACUUAGGUAUCAUAUAGAGCGCGUACAUAUGAAAAAGAAACCCUUUGUCUGCGAUGUCUGUGGAAAGCGUGUACGUACCGUUUCAGAGCUCAAAGAGCAUAUGCUCGUCCACACAGACGAUCGGCCAUUUGUGUGUCCCAUCUGCGGCGCAGCAUUUAAAAAUAAGAAGCGACUCAAUAUCCAUAAUCAAACACACGGUGAGCCCAGUUAUGAGUGCGAGAUCUGUGGCAAGAAAUUGCAAACUCGUGCAAUUUGGAAUAAACACAAAAAUGUUCACACGAACGAGCGACGAUUUAAGUGCAGUAUUUGUGGUACAGCGACUAAGAAUUCAACGGCUCUAAAGAUUCACCUGCUAAGUCACACAGGAUUGCGACCAUAUAGUUGCAAGUAUUGUAACAAGGACUUUGCCAGUGGCGCCAAUUGCAGAGAUCAUAAAAUUAGGAAACAUCCACUUGAAUAUGAACAAGAUGCAGAUAAAUCCUGUCGUAUACAAAGUGUGCCCACCUUGGAUGAGCUACGUGCCUUAGCUGCGGGAAUGGAGAAAGGUGAACGGUUACGUAAACCAAAAACUCUGAUAACUGAAUAAUGCACAAGCCGUUGUAAAUA